CGACGUCACAGCUGUUGAUGCGCUGACAGUGAUACAGUGUAGAUGCUUAAAUGAGUAGACAGCAGGAGCACAGGACAGUCUGAAGCAGCAGCUCAGACACUACACAUCCAUGUCCAACACGUGCUGGAGCGGUUUACCCGUUUGGAUUUUCAUUUUGAGCGUACAAAGACUGUAACAACUGAGGAAACACUUCACUCAUAUCAACUUAACUCAACAGCGCCUCCGCAUGGGGAUUGCAGUCUACAACAUCACCGCCACCUCAGCGAGUGUGAGCUGGCCGUCGUCCCCCGGCUGCCUGGACACCUUCUACAGCGUCAUGUACGACCCCAACUGGAACAGCCUGCUCAUGGGCUACAAGCGCAAGAGUUUCAUGCACGAGGAACGUAUCCCUGUCAGUCAGAGCAGCACCUACCUGGCCAACCUCCUCUCCCAGAGCGCCUACUUCUUAUGUGUGACGUGUCAGGCCGCCAAUCCGGUGCCAGACCAAUGCCAGGUGUUCAGCACUCUGAGUGCGAGGGGCGAAGGUCACGAAAGAGGGGGCUGGGAACUUGCCAUGGGCGUCUGGCUGACCUGCUGCAUCUUACUGCUGGUCAUCGCCAGCAUCCUGUUGUGGGGAUGUCUUCACACCAUCUGCUCCCUCCAGAGCCAGGCCUCUGACAGCAGCCCAGUGGUGAGCAACUCGACCCUCCAAGACAUGUCUGGACCUGGACGCCUCUACACUCCCCGAAGCAGCACGGACGCCACUAAACAUUCCACCACCAUGCCGCCCCCCCUCCUCUUAGCACAGACCACUGGCCACAUAAUUACCCAAGACCAUGAGCUGAGGACACUCGCUAAGCUGUCUGGCAGUGAGCCAGUGUGAAUCAACUGGAUUGAGAAACGAGUGCAUUACAUCCAUGGUUCCCAGCUCACACCGACCAGAGGAGAUAAAGAACACUUCAUCGACAUCGCCCAUCCUGCUCCAAAUAUGCUUCAACUGAUUUUAAAGUGAAUAUUAAGUAACAACACAAUAGUGAAAAUUGUUAACAUUUAUUUCAUAUAAUUGAUCCUUUCAAUAAUUUAUUCAUUACUUUUAUUUAGUUGUUUAGUUCAUUACUUUAAACUAACAUUAUCCAUUUAUACUAAAUAUCCAUUAAACGUAGCUAAUUAUUUUUUACUUUUAUUACUGUUGGGUAAAUAUUUACCAUUUUGGUUCUUUUAAUAGAUUUCAGCAAUUAAUUUCAAUAUUUAUCUAUUAGUUAUAGCUGGUUAUUCCAUUUUUUAAAACAACCUAUCCAUUACCCUAAGCUAACUGUGCUCACUUGUUAAAGACUCUCAGUAUUAAAGUGCCAUUUAGUUGGUGGGAGGUCUGUGUAUUGUAGCUGGAAGCUUUCAGGUCAGCAACACACCAGAUUGGGUUCUGAGUUUUUUCUACCUAAACACAAAGAUCUACCUAUAUAUUAUAAUAAAAUCAUAAAUACAAUUUGUUCAUAUAAUUGAGGUACGAAGGAUCCUCUGGUAACUUGGAACACAAUGAAAAGGAGGGAAAAAUACAAAAGUACAUGCAAAUGAUUCACCUACCUUCCUGCUAGAAUCUUGUAGUAGCCAAAUAUCUGAUCAGCCAGUUUGUAGACAAACUGAUCAAAGCACAAGUUCACCUGAAAAACACGGAGGUUCAAAUUAACUUGGAUUUUUAAAAAAAUGUUUCAGCCUGUGAUGGACAGAAAUAAAAACACAAAACAGUUUCUUUCUUAAUUUGGAAAUGUUGCAUUUGCAGAUACCAUUUUAAAAUCACUUCUUACUCAAAAUUCAACAGACCUGUAGGAAUAGUCAUUCACAGGGAUUUAGAAAAAAACUUAGUGUCAUAAGACAGUGUUCCUCUACAUACAAAGUACAGUGCCAGUUCUAAACGUGUCUGUUUAAAAAGUUCUGUUCUCUUGUCCAGUUGUGGAGCUACUUCAGAAUUAUCCCUUGUCAUUAGUGAGUCCUC